AUGUCCAAGACAAUAGAAAAAAUUUUGAUUGCCAAUCGCGGCGAAAUAGCAUGUAGAAUUAUAGAUACCUGUCGGCGCUUAGGUAUUACAACGGUUGCAGUUUAUUCAGAGAUCGAUCGAGAUGAAUUAUUUGUAAAGUCGGCAGAUGAGGCAGUAUGUAUUGGUUCGUCAUCCGCAAGCGAAUCUUACUUGCAAAUUGAAAAAAUCAUUUUAGCAGCCUACAGCACAGGUGCUCAAGCAAUUCACCCAGGAUACGGAUUCUUAUCCGAAAAUGCAACAUUUGCUAAGCAAAUUGCUGAGGCUGGUAGACGUUAUUCUACAUAUGAUCUUAUUUUUAUUGGUCCUCGCCCAGAGUCAAUAUUGGCAAUUGGUGACAAGAUCGAGGCCAAAAAUCUGCUAUCCAAGAAUUUGCCGUCUGUCCCAGUCAUACCUGGUUACAACGGUGAUGACCAAAGUUUAGAAGUAAUGAUUAACGAGGCAAAAAAAAUUGGAUUUCCCAUUUUGUUAAAAGCCUCUGCCGGAGGAGGUGGUAAGGGCAUGCGUGUGGUGUACGAAGAAUCAAAACUAUUGGAAGAGAUAGAACUCGCAAAGUCAGAAUCGCUUAGGUCCUUUGGUUCCGAUCGACUUUUAAUAGAAAAGUAUUUCGAUUCAGUUCGUCAUAUUGAGGUCCAAAUAUUUGGAGAUGAAUAUGGAAAUGUUUAUCAUUGUUUUGAAAGAGAUUGUUCCGUGCAGCGCCGUUACCAGAAAGUGAUCGAGGAAACGCCCUCACCAUCUUUGGAUCAAGAUCUGAGAAAUCAAAUGUUUAAGGUGGCAAUUCAAAUUGGAAAGUUUCUGAAAUAUUCUGGAGCCGGUACCGUCGAAUUCAUUGUGGAUGAAAAAGAGAAAAGGUUCUAUUUUCUUGAGAUGAACACUCGUUUGCAAGUUGAACAUCCGAUCACCGAACUUGUGACCGGGCUAGAUUUGGUUGAGCUCCAGAUACUGGUUGCGCAAGGGUAUGACUUGUCUCGAUCGGUAUUACCAACGAUAGAAUCAAAGGGACAUGCGAUUGAAUGUCGUCUUUAUUCGGAAGAUCCAUGUAAUAAUUUCUUCCCAAGCACGGGAAAAGUACGCCAGUGGAAACAAUGUGAAGUACCACAUGUUCGAUAUGAUACCGGCGUUGGGACAGGAUCGGAGAUAUCAAUAUAUUACGAUCCAUUAAUUUCGAAAAUUUCGGCAUGGGCUCCUACCAGGAAACAAGCACUUCAAAAGAUGACAUAUGCUCUUCGAAACACUGUCUGUCUUGGUCUGGUUACCAAUCAGUCAUUUUUGAAAAGCGUACUGCAUUGCACUGAUUUUUUAUCGGGCGAAUACAACACGAAAUUUAUUGAAAAAAACUUUCCUCAAAGUUUCAUGAAAUCUUGGAAACAACGGGAUUUGCCCAAGAACUUGAUUGUUGUUCCAUUUUUGUGGUUUUGGUAUUUGAGGGAGAAAGAUCGUUCGACCUUACAUCACAUUCCUGCAGGUUGGAGAUACGUGAAAUAUAAGAAACCUAACGAUGUAUAUUUGCUUGAGAACGGUCGUGUUGAAGAGUUGGAAUAUGAAUUCAUUGGCAGAGCUGGAGAGCGGAAUUACAUUUAUGGUACAUUGAUAUGCACCAUAGACGGUGAACAAAGAAGCUUCGAACUUGCAAAUGGAUCGAAACACACUCAGCAACAAGAAGUUUUUGUUCAUGACUACAGAAGUUCCGAACAAUACAAAUUUAUCAGAAAGAACAAGCUGAAAGCACCUUCCACCAGUAAUGAAGAUGAUAUGUCUCCAUACUUGGCACCAAUGCCAUGCAGAAUUUUGAAAUUAUUGGUUCCAUCAGGUUCCAAGAUAACAAAAAAUCAACCUAUAUUGACAAUGGAAUCAAUGAAAACAGAGAUCCGAUUGUAUAGCAGACAUGAUGGUGUGAUCAAGACUCUGGUUAAAGUAGGUGAUGUCGUUGAGGCAGGUACUUUAUUGGUCAAGAUAGAAUGA